CAUCGUUGUUGUAUUACUCCUUCUCUUUCUCUCUAACUCAACCCUCAAAUCCCUUUUACUUCUUUUAAAUCCAGCCAUCAACUCUAAUCUCUGAUCAUCAAAAUCCGCUUUGAUUUUGAUUUUCAUCCAUCAUUUCCGCCAUUAUCACAACAAAACCCUAACCAUUCUGUCCUAGGGUUUUGGUUUCUUGUUUCUAAGCUAUACUUCAAGCUUCUGGAAACUCUCAGUUGUUGUGUUCGAUAUAUUGCAACGAAGGUGUAGAUGAAUCAUCGAAGAGGAGACACAAGUAGCAGCCGUUUUGAAUUUGAAAGAUAUAAAAGCAAAUCCUACAAGGAGCUGAGAAAUGGUGUGGUAAACAUUAGGUGUUCAGAUAACAUUAUUAGAUGUCCUUAUUGUCGUGGUAGCCGAGACUAUACUUACAGGGACCUUCUUAGGCAUGCAUCUCGAAUAGCGAGAGAGUCACGAAGUGCAGGGUUAGAAGAGAAGGCCAGACAUAUGGGAUUGGAGGAGUACUUAGAGAGGGACCUUCGUGCUAAAACUAAGUAUUCCGAACCACCUAGUGAAAAUACCGUUUCAUGGCACAAAACUAGUGACGAGCUAAUUGUUUGGCCUUGGAUGGCUGUGGUUGCCAAUAUUCCAGUUGAAUGCAAGGAUGGUAAGUAUUCGGGUGAAAGUGGUAAAAAACUAAAAGAUGAGUGGAUGAAACAAGGGUACAACCCAAUCAAAGUUCAUCCUCUGUGGAGCUGGCAGGGUCAUUCUGGACAAGCUGUGGUUGACUUUGGGAAAGAGUGGGAUGGAUUUAAUCAUGCAUUGAAGUUUGUCAACGCAUUUGAGAUAGACAAACAUGGGAGGAAAGAUUGGUACAAUAGGACAAGGCAGAAAGAUGAUAAGUUGUAUGCAUGGAUCGCAGGGGAGGAAGAUUAUAACGCGAAUGGUCUUGUUGGGGAACAUCUUAGAAAGAACGGGGAUUUGAAGACUGUUUCUGCUAUCGAAAAAGAAGAAAGUAUAAAAAAUUCAAAACUUCUUUCGGGUUUGAGAACUCUGAUAGAGGAAAAGAGCAAAGAAAGCGAAGAGAUAAAGAUUCAAAUAAGCCGGACGGAUUCCCAUAUGGCGAAUGUUAUGGAACUGAGAGAAGUGAUGAUCGAGAAAUUCAAUACGGAUGUCAAAAUGAUGCAAAUGAAGGCAAAUGAGCAGCUUACAAAGAUUACCAUUGAGCAUGAACAGAGCAAACUGCAGCUGGAAGAUCGUGAAAGGAAAUUGAGAGCACGUGAAGCUAAAAAUGAAAGUGAGAAAAUGAAGCUUGACAAUGAGAAGAAAAUGAAUGAAUUGGCAAUUUUGGAGCAGAAGAAGGCAGGCAAAAGAGUGUUGAAGUUGGCUGAGGAUCAGAAGAGAGAAAAAGAAAAACUCCACCACCGUAUCAUCGAGCUUCAGAAAAAUCUUGAUGAUAAGCAACGAUUGGAACUGGAGAUCAACCAAAUGAAGGGAGCUAUAGAAGUGAGAAAACACAUGACAGACGAGGAUGUUGAUGCGAAGAAGAAGUUGGAGUCGCUUAAAGAAGAUCUCAAGGACAAAGAAGAGGAACUUGAGAGCUUGGAAGAUCUUAAUCAAGCCUUGAUAAUUAAAGAAAGAUUGAGCAACGAUGAAUUGCAGGAAGCUCGUAAAGAGCUGAUUUCUGGGUUGAAAGAUAAUACUGCUCGUGCUCACAUUGGUGUGAAGAGAAUGGGCGAGCUUGAUGUAAAACCUUUCCUCAUUGCUGCCAAGAAAAAUCGUUCUGUUAAAGGAGGAGCAGAUAAUGCCAUCAAGUUGGCAUCUUUGUGGGAGGAACGGCUGAGGGAUCCAAGCUGGCAUCCCUUUAAGAUCACCACAACUAAUGGGAAUAGCAAGGAGAUCCUGAAUGAAGAAGAUGAACACGUUGCAAGCCUUAAGGAAGAAUGUGAUGAGGAUGUUUGUAAUGCUGUUGUGACUGCUCUGAAAGAGCUGAAUGAAUACAAUCCAAGCGGCAGAUAUCCAUUGGCAGAGCUUUGGAACAACAAGGAGAAAAGGAAAGCGACCUUAAAAGAGGGGGUCGAGUACAUACUGAAGCAAUGGAAGACCCGUAAAGGGAAACAUUAGGGGUUGAAGACCGAUCUUAGGUAUUAAUCUCACAUAUCCUUUUGCUGUUUGUUAAUAUAUAUGGAGACAUUAGGUUAUCAAGUUUAAGCUUUCAUACUCUUUAGCAAAACAGAUAAAAGACAUUCCUAGUGUAUUUUCAU